UGUUGAUGAAUCGUGGACUCAGGAAUAAGUUAAAAGUGAAAGGGAGUAUUAUUUUUCUCGUGGAACAAUUUUACGCGAGUGAUGUGAUAUUAGAAGUUGAAUUGGAUCGAAGGGAAAAACUUAUGAAACUUAAGAACGGAAUAUUUUCAUAUGCCAAUUUAUCGUCCUGAUGCUUUAAUAAUAUUAUACAUACAACUGAUUUUGAAGCAAACCAACUUGAACGUGUCACCAACGAAUGCUAUAAUAAAAUUCCGAGAAUAAGUGUAAAUGUGCGCUGAGACCAGUAAGAAAUACAUUCCAGAUUUUGGUGAGAGAUAAACAAUAGCAAUUGGAAGCUUCCAGUGAAAUAAUAGAGACAGUGAAUUCAGUGACACGGUUCGAGUCAUUAAUGAAAGCCCGUAACGUCGACACGCAACCGGGCUAUUAAUAAACCAUCGCGCAAAACCGAUCAACCGCGAUCCAAUUAUUACCGGGAGGUGCUGAUUGGCCGUCCUCAAUGUGGCAACCGUAAGAAAAAGCUACAAAAGAUACCACCGCACUCGAUCGGCCCAAUUUUUCUCGACCGUUUCGAUGCAACUGUCAUCUCCGACCAUCCGACUAUGUCAAAUCUGUGAGUAAAAUGAGCUGCACGAACAAUUAAAUAAUAAUUCUCGGUGAUAAUACUCCUUAAAUAAUUUUUUCACAAAAAUAGACGUUUUUAACAAAUUCCAUAGUACUCCGCAAAAAAAAAAAACAUUAACCCUCUCCCCCCGAAAAAUAAAAAAUAAAAUAUUGCGCGUGGAAAGGAGACCUCUGAAAGUAUAUAAUAAUUUCUAUUCAAGGUAAAAGUUGGAUGACAAAUUAACAUACCCACACUCGAAAAAAGCAAACGAAAUUCGAAGUGGUUAAAGAAAGUUACGAGGAAAGUAGUACUCUUUGAACCAGAGACAAGAGACACAGUGGCUAGACCUGAUCCACGUGAGAAGACGAAAGGGAGCGAGAGAAUCAUAGUGCUCCAGAACAAACGAAAAUAAAAGGGCUACUAGUGAUAACUGUGUCCUAACUCACAAAAAUCUGAGAAAACGAAAGAGAGUGGGAGCACCAAGGUGCCCCAAAAACGAACGAAAACAAACGCCAUCUUAAAUUCCUGAUAAAAGGAACAAAACUGUUCCAAUUGAAGAUCAAGAAACAUCACUUAUACUCUAUAAAAAUCACCUCUUAUUUUAGGUGAUAAAACACGUGUUGUUCCUAAGAGCGACAAAGACCCAAACACAACAAACUUCUUCAACUGACUCUUCCAUUAAAGGAACAAAACUCUCCCAGAUUAAAAAUCAAGAAAAAGGAAUAAAAAUCACACAAAGACCCUUAUUAUUUUGGGGCCAUAAAACUCGUGUUCCAUCAAACAUAACAAAAUGGCAGGUGUCUUGCCGCCCUUGUACGUGCCAUUAGAGCCAAAGUGGAAGCACUGGCCCACCUACAUCUACGACAUGAACUACAAUUACGGAAUCAACUUCUACCAACCAAUGAUCGACUAUAUAGACAGAAAAGGGAGGACCUCGACGGCGUUGGACUAUCGGUACAUGAGACUGAUAGAGCCACCAGAGUUGCCCUGGUCGGAUAGCAGGGCUCUAUGGGAGAGCCGACCUGUGGAACCGUACACGACACGUGAACUAAUUCAGCACGCGAUCGACGCGGAGGAUCAGGCCAGGGAACACCUGUCGCGCUUCAAGAUAGCGAAUCGUUCGGACUUCAGCUUGUCGAAGACAGCGCAAGCCAGCCACGUGACCAGGGAGGUACUUCCGCGAAGAUUAGAGGGCUACACUAGAUUGCAUUCAUUCCCUUUGUUCGUGGAGAGCGCGCGUGUUAGGAGCCAAGCCAGACAGAUCCAACGCGACAUGGCGUCCAUCAAUCUCCAAGCCUUGAAGGAGGUGCAGGCCCUGUCCGAAUCGCAGAGAACCCUCGAUCGCAACAAGAGCCUACGAGGCAAAUCCGCCAGGGCGAUCGAGUUCCAAUUAACCGCGGACGCUCUGAGAAACCUGACCACCAGCCAGCAACUGGCUGAUAUCAGGAAGUAUCAGAUCGAGAGGUCCAUGUGGGACGGCAGGGAAACGCAUCUGAAGUUGCUGGAGCAGAGGACCAAAGAUUUGCUGGAGAACAGGACCAGAGAUCUGUUGGACGAGGAGAGGCUCACGGCACCCUUGAACAGCCUCAGCAGGGAGCUGAGAGGAUACGAGCAGAAAUCCAGCAACUAUUUCCUAGACCAGAGGUACCGAGACCCGACGAGACCGAGACGGUUGUACGGGUGCCUGGGAUAGGGCGAUGUUUUCUAUCGAUUGCGACGUGGAUUCGCGUAGAUUUAAGUGUGUAGUUGUGGGUAAGAGCUAUGUGACACGGAGAAACGAGGAAUAAAAUAAAUGAGAGACGUUCGAUGUUCGAUUCGUUUGAUUCGCUGGAUGGUGACCCGGUGUAUGUUGGAUCUGGGAUGUUGAGACGAUUAUGUCGUCGAUGAUAUUUUUUGAGGAAGAUCCUGUUUCGAGGGAAUUUUUAUUAUGCUUUUGGAUAGAGUAGAUAUGGAUUUUUACUUUCUAGGUUCGAUUGAAACGUCUGACGACGUGGAUGCGAAAUUUCGAAAUGAUGUGCAUAAUUUUCUAUGUAGAAUGGCUGUGUCUUUAUUUGCUGCUAGUUAAGAGGAUGCGUUGGUGGAGAUAGACUUAAUCCUAGGGGUGUUUAUGUUAUUAUCAACCAGUAGUUUCUUUGGAGAAACAUUUAUUUUUCAUUUAAUGAAGUAAAGAAUUGAAUUGAAUACUUGAUUAAAUCACGUCACACUUUGAAUGUAGAUUUUUAAAACUGUCUUUUAAUGAGAAGGAUCAAUCUGUUUGCUUCGUUUAUUUAUUUUUUCUUCAAUUUCGAGGAAAAUUUUGGAUGACAGUAGCAUAGACACCUUUGCUUAAUGAAAUCUCCAAAGCACAAAGUGCCUUCCUUAAAAAGAAUCCUACUAAACUAAGAAUAUCUUGGAAUACUCAUAACAUCAAGAUUAUUUGGAUAGACACAUUAUUUUUGAAUACCGAUCAAUGAAUAACGUCAGGAAUUGAUCCUGAAGACAUAAAAUACCUACUCUAUAGAUACAUUAUGUUAAAACAUUUAUCAAGGAAUAUAACAACAAUCGUUUUCACUGACGAUAAUAAUUAUGUCUAUUUGAAACUAGAAUUCUAAGAUGCUGAUAGUAUUUUGAAUUCUCCAGAACAUAGAAUACCUUUCUCAUAAGCAACUCCUUUUUAAAUAUCAAUCAAGAAAUAACAAUAAUAUUUUUUUUACAAUUUUAUUCCUAUCUGAAGAAAGAAUCUUAACAGAUUAUGAGUGCCUUUGAAUCUUCACGACAUAAAGUAUCAUUUCUAUAGACUUGUCAUUUUUAGACAUUCGUCAAUGACUAACAAUCGUUUUUAUAAAAAAUAAUCACUAUCUCAAAUUGAAAUUACAAUCCUAAGAAACUCAAAGUAUCUUAAAAUCUCCAAAACAUAAAGUAGCUUCUACACCUCGCCUUUGAAUGUCAGUCAAUGAAUAAUAAUAAUAAUUUUCGAUAAACGAUAACGAUUAUCCUUAUUUGAGAGCAAACGCGGUACCCUCCAUCCCUUCCCCUAAAGAAAGGGGUACAUCUACCCCAAAAAUUGAUGGUUGAUGAGCUACCUCUACUUAGGAGGUAUCUUCACAGGGACAUUAAGAAUAUCUCUAUCUUAGAAAUUUCUAGAUGAAUAGCUCAAUAUUUGAGGUAUCUCCAUGGGAACACCUCUAGCUUCAAAAUAUCUUUACCUUGGAGGAAUCUCCAUAGGGACACCAGCUUAAGAAUAUUUCUACCAUAGAGCUAUCUCCAUCUUAGGAAUACCUUCAGCUUAAGAGUAUCUCUACCAUAGAGCUGUCUCCACCUUAUGGACCUCACAAGCUUAAAAACACCUCACCUAACUCUCUCCCCUUCCCCCAUCACCUUAACCCAACCACUUUCUUUCGAUCGCCAAGGCAAUACCAUCACCAAGAAACCCCGACAAAGUGACUCAUUGCGGUAUUCUGUUCAUACAAAACGAAAUA